AUGGCCCGGGAUGAGGGGCCGCUGCUCAAUCGAUUACUAAAUUCCACUUCCGUCUCCGAACAAACGGCAGCAUUGCGGGCGUUGAAGCAUGAAAUAAUCGGACACGAUCAGAGGAAGGAGAGAUGGGUCAGUUCAGGCAUUGUGCCGAUAUUGUCGCGGAUUCUGGAAUGCUUGUCACGGGAAGAAUAUGAUGCCAGUAAGGAAGUCAUGUCCGAUGGACAACGGGGAGGGGAUUACACAAGUAGGGCGUCGAUGACGGAGGAUCAAGAACUUUGCUUGCAGGCUGUCAUUAUCACAGGAAGCUUGGCUCAAGGUGGUCCAGCUUUUAUCUCGCCCAUCAUGGCCAGCGAAGCCAUUCCUUCCAUGCUUGCCAUUAUCUCGUCACCUGAUUGCCCGCAGUCACUUACAGUAGCUAUUCUCAAAACGCUAAGCAACAUUGCGGAUCGCUACCCACUACAAAAUAUAAACUGGCCUCAAGAUAACCGGCUGGCAGAGAUACUGUUCGCUCCUGACUCUAUUGGAUGUUUUGCUCGUAUAAUUGCCCAAUGCUCGUCCUCUACGACAACACAGACAUGCGCAACUCUUGCCGCGAAUAUUAUCACCAGACUAUGCACUGAGGAGACCCACAAGGCUGCUCUUGCGGAAUACGGUGUUUUAGAUGCCUUGGCAUUGAAGAUUGCGUCUUUUGUCGUGGCUCAAGGAUUCGUACUGCCUGGUGCAGAGAACCAUCUCGGUGAAGACGGAUCAUUGCCCACGCUCCCACAGCCAAUUCCACCAGCAGCCAAAUUGGGGCCAAUCCUGCGUGCGACUUCGAUCAUCGUUGAGAAUUCAAAGUGGCGUGCAGAGCAUUUCCUCUCAUCACCGGGUAUUGUCACCGUGUUUCCGGGACGGCUACCGGAGUUCUCGCCUACGGACAUUAAGAAGAAUCCAUGGGGAAUGCCGUAUCUGUCAGGAUCGGCUGUUCCUCUCCAGAACCAUACGAACCCUAUGGACGCUUUACUGCCCGUUGUCCCCCUUGCGCAAAACAAUGCUUCUACAAAUUUCCCCCCUCUAGUCCCGAUUGGGUCGUUUCAUAAGCGCUCACUCUCAUUCUUAGAAGCGCCUCCGUAUGAAGAAGACGAGAGUGCACUUGUGCCUUGGCUUUUCCACAUGGUCAGAACGGAGAACGGUAUGUCUCGUGUGAUGGCAGCUCGUCUAGUUACGGAUCUGUUCAGACUUGGACUCGCCAGAAAGCAUCGAAUUCCCAUGUUCAACUACCUGGUAACUCCGUUAUUACUGAGGAUGCUUGACAAGGACUAUGAUUUCAGGGACGAGUCAGACCCUGACUUUGAUGGUAUGAUUCCAACGGCACUCAGCCUGAAAGAGGAAGUACCAUCCAUCAUCGCUGCAUUGGUCAUGGACACGCAAGAAUUGCAAAAGCAUGCCGUUGAAGCAACCGCUAUCAAAAUUCUCUCUCAACUUCUCAAAGAAACCUACAACCCACGCUCCGAAAAUGGCAAGCCCAUGUGGUACGCCGAAAGCAAAGACAAAGAUAUGUUAUCUGCAGUACCAGCCGCUCUUCAAUUAGGACCCGUUGGCUACAGUCCGAUGACCUGUCAUAUAAUGCGAUUCCGAGAAGGUAUUUUACGGGCGUUGGCAGCGCUUGCGCCAUUUAGAGAUGAGUAUCGAAAAGCAAUCUGUGAGAACGGGGUUGUCCCUUACAUAAUCGACUCUCUCAAGCCACGACCACCUCUAGAAACACAGGAGACCACAGGAACAAAGAAUACCGCUGCAGAUGGCAACUCUAUACCUACUCUACUUGCAGCGUGCGGUGCCGCCCGGGCCCUUACACGUUCCGUUAGUGUACUUAGAACGAGUUUGAUUGACGCUGGAGUCGCCACCCCUCUUUUUGAGUUGAUCAAACAUCGAGAUAUUGAGGUACAAAUUGCAGCGACAUCGGUGAUAUGCAACAUUGCGUUGGAUUUCAGUCCUAUGAAAGAGGCAAUAAUAUCUGCUGGUAUCCUUCCCAUCCUUUGCGACCACGCCCACUCCAAUAAUACGAAACUUCGCUUGGAAUCACUGUGGGCUCUCAAGCAUAUUGCAUAUAACUCAACAAAUGACAUUAAAAACAAGAUCGUGACUGGUCUUGGUGCCCCGUGGCUAGCAGAAAUCAUGUCAAUGGAUCCCACCAGUAAACGAAGUCUUGCGGCAGAUUUCAAGAUGGGCAUGGGAACAUCCAACUCGGCCGGUGAGAAGGUUGAUUUACUCAAUCCGAUGGAGGACGCUUCAAGGGCCGAAGAAUCAAGAGACAAUGCACUAGCCGGGGAUAAUGGUUUUGAUGCUCUUCUCGCAGACCCAACUCGUCGGAAGAAGCUGGCCAUGAGCGGGGAGAUUGAUCAGUCAAGACAGGCGAGACAAGAUGAUAUCGCGGUACAAGAGCAAGCGCUAGACUUGGUCCGGAACAUUAUGUGCGGCAACGGUGCAGCCGAGAUUGUUGACUUCUUUCUGGCCGAAAUCGGCCAUCUUGAGUUCUUAAACAUACUGGCAGAAAAGAUGCGUCCCAGACCGAAUCCCACUCGGCGCGACACAGCGGCUAAUCCUCCUCCUCCACCCAUACCAGCCGAGAUUCUUGUUGCAGUUACCUAUGUACUCGUCAACCUUGCAGCGGGACCACCCAAACAACGAGAUCUUCUAUUCACGCACCGCGAGCUACUCAAGAACUUGAUGUGGCUAUUUGAGCAUCCCAACCGCGUCGUCCGAGUAAACUGCGUCUGGGUGGUAAUCAACCUGACAUAUGAAGACGACCAAAGCGAUCGUCAGGCUUCCUACGAACGAGCAGUAAAGCUCAAAUCACUUGGCGUGAUUGAUCGGCUUCGCAGCGUCGAAGAAGAUUCGGAUUUGGAUGUAAGAGAACGAACAAAAACAGCUCUGCAUCAAAUCCGUAAAUAUAUGAAUGUAUAG